AUGGCUGCUUCCCCGAGAAGAUGUCGUCCUUUGGCUCAGGAGUACCUUGAGGUAAGGGAAAGCAGAGAAAGAGAGAAGAAAGGGAUUGCUUGUCAACUGAAUAGUUCGUCAAAUCUAACUGCCACGCAGAAGGUGCUGCCCAACAUGAACGUCACAGCCAGCUCUGCGGAUUCCGGUUUCAAAUUUUCCCGUGAAGACAUCAAUAAACAAAUGGACAAAAUGAAGGAGGCCAAGGACAAGUCCCUGGCCGAAUACUGGCCUCAUUUGGGUCAGAAAGUGAAGACCGAAGACUUCGACAUUCCAAUGAGAGACGGUGAAAAAGUUCUUAUCCGAGUGUACACUCCAAAUGACAGUCCAAUUGAAUCAGGAAAGAGGCCGGUGGUCUAUUCGCUUCAUGGAGGAGGUUUUGUGACCGGGAAUGUAGACUCUGAAGACCUUAUCAAUCGCCAACUUUGCCAUGAAACACACUCUCUUAUUUUCUCACUGAAUUACCGCUUGGCACCCGAGAACCCGAUUUUUCCCACCGGCGUGAACGACACGGAAGACGGUCUGAAAUGGGUACACGAAAAUGCCUCACGGUACGGAGGGGAUACCAAUAAAGGAGUGUUCUUAUCUGGAACUUCAAGCGGCGCUUUUCUGGUUGCAAGACUUGCUUUUCAGGCCAAUAAACUGAAUAUACCUGUGCCAGGCAUGAUUCUGCGUCAGGGAGUGUUCAUAUUCUGUCCUUUGGAAGAACUGGUGGAUUGGCGACCAGAGGUCGCGCAAUUCAAGUCUCGUGAGGAAAACGUUGACGCACCCGGACUCCCUAAACACGUUGUGGACGCACUGAACCAGCUACUAGCAGUGACAGCCACCAAGCACAAAGACGUGGAGGAUUUCCCUAUCUUUGCUUCUCUAGAUGAGCUCUCCAGAAUGCCUCCGACACAUUUUGUGCAGGCCACUGCUGACCCCUGUGCCGACGACAUUACCUACUUCAAGCGUCGCCUGACUGAGGCUGGUGUCGAAACCACACUGGUAACAUACGAAGGAAUGCCGCACGGUUUCCAUGCGUAUCAUGUCCUGUCAGCGGCAAGGCAGGAGAUGAAAGAUACUGCGGAUGCGCUGAAAAGGCUGAUUGCACGAUUUAAUUCCCGAGAUUCCUCAUGA